AUGCUAAAUGAUCAAAGAGAAGCGGAUCACGCUCCUCAUGAGAUUGAGAUUGAUCUAAUCAACAAUGAGAUGGCGAAUCUAGAAGUGAAUCGAGAUGUGGAAGAACAAAUGAAAGCUCAUGAAUGGAAGAUGAGAGAGAGCGAUGCGAUGUCGAACAAUGGGGGAACUGGUAAACUAAACGAGAACCAUCAGCCAAGCGAAUAUCAUGGUCUAGAUUCGGCAACCUUCCGAAUGAACGUCUCUAUUUUCAGCAGACACGCCACCUUCCUGAUUGCUGAAGGGCUCUCGACGAAUCAA